UCCACUUUGUGUGUAUAUCCCAAAAAAAAAAUAAUGUCAAAGCUAUUGCAGAGUUCUUUGCUGAGUCCCAAGACACGCUACCAACUACUGGCCACCAUAAUAGUGAACAUUAUUACAUUCAGUCAUGGCGUGGGAAUUAGCUGGCUAUCGCCUACGCUCGCCAAGAUACAAAGUUCCGACUCUCCGUUAAGCUUUCAGUUGACCAUCGAUGAGAUCUCCUGGCUGGGUUCUAUGCUUGGCCUGGGCAGUCUUUGUGGCAAUUUAACUAUAGCUUUUCUGCUCGAGCGAAUGGGCAGAAAGUUCUGCAUUUAUUUACUAGCAGUUCCUUAUGCUUGCUUGUGGAUUCUGAUUUAUUGUGCCUCCAAUGUGGGCUUCUUGUAUGCGGCACGCUUUCUUUGCGGCUUUACCGGAGGUGCUGGCUAUGCGGUAGUUCCCAUCUAUAUAAGCGAGGUCGCCAACAGCGGUAUACGCGGCGCAUUGACUUCCAUGGUGAUGCUAUCUGUCAAUUUGGGCAUACUUGUUGGCUAUAUACUGAGCACUUAUCUGGCUUAUCAUGUGGUGCCUUUCUUGGCCAUCAUUCUGCCGAUAGCGCAUUUUACAGCGAAUCUUUUACUGCCCGAAACGGCGCCAUAUCUCCUAAAGAAAAGUCGCCUCUUGGCCGCCGAAGCCUCUUUCAAAUACUAUCAAAAUCAACGUGAUGACUUGGAGGACAAUUCCAAGGCGGAGUUUGAGGAGUUCCGCCUAGCCGUAGAUGCCCAGCAGGCUAGUAAUACCACAGCUUUGACCUACAAGGAUCUGAUUAACAAGCCCGCUCUCAAGGCCUUUGCUGGUGCUUUUAUUUUAUUAACUGGUUAUGAGUUCGGCGGCAUCUUCAGCUUCGUCAACUAUAUGUCGGAUAUAUUCAAGGCCACUGGCGUCUUGUUAGAUGUCAAUACAUGGACUAUUAUUAUAGGCGUGGUGCAAAUUGUGGGCGUUUAUACUUCGACCAUAUUUGUGGACAUCAUUGGACGUCGCAUACUCAUGUUGAUCUCAACCCUGGGGGUUGGCCUCGGUUGCAUCGCUUUUGGUUUCUUCACCUACUAUGCGCAAAUCUAUGAUUUGCAGCAUCUCAACUGGCUGCCCUUAGGGCUGAUGGUUGCCAUCAUAUAUGUGGGCAACGUGGGAAUCAGUGGCAUCUUUUUCGUGGUGCUAGUCGAACUCUUUCCCGCCAAGAUACGUUCUGUGUGCACCUCGAUAUCCGUGGUCUUUCUCAGCAUACUUGUGUUUGUCACCCUGAAGCUGUUUCCGCUGCUGCUCCAUUAUUUUGGCAUUUCGGCAACCAUGUGGUUCUCGGCCUCUGCCAGUCUGCUUACAUUUGUGUAUUUUUUUGUUGUUUUUACCCGAGACUAAGGGCAAGUCUAUGAUCACCGACUAAAGACGUUUCGUUUAGAGCUUUAAGAGUCUCUCAGUGUUUAUUUUAUAAUAAUAAAUUCAUU